CAACGAUUCUCGCGGAUGCUGCACAUGUUCUGUAAGACGCUCACGGCCUCCGACACCAGCACGCAUGUCGGCUUCUCCGUGCCGCACCGCGCCGCCGAGGACUGCUUCCCGCCUCUGGACUACAGCCAGCAGCGACCGUCGCAGGAGCUUGUGGCCAAGGAUUUGCACGGAACCGAGUGGAGGUUCCGCCACAUUUAUCGAGGGCAGCCCCGCAGACACCUUUUAACCACUGGAUGGAGUGCCUUUGUCAACAAGAAGAAGCUUGUCUCAAGGGACGCCGUACUAUUUUUGAGGGGUGAUAAUGGGGAGCUAAGACUUGGAGUGCGCCGUGCAGCUCAGCUUAAAAAUGGAUCUGCUUUUCCAGCUCUUUAUAACCAGUGCUCAAAUCUUGGUUCACUACCUAAUGUUGCACAUGUUGUGGCCACCAAAAGUGUGUUCCACAUCUACUACAACCCCAGGUGAUGAUGAAUAUAGCGGUUUCACUUUAAUGCUUUUGCAUGUUCAAUUGUUCAUGUGGUUGGCACUCUUUUAGAUGAUGUGAACUGAAAUGUGCUUAUUAACUACUCUUUCAAUUGACGGGGAUUUGAAAUUGUGUCAUUGUGUGUGAUAUCAUUUCCUGAGUUGUUUCGAGCUAUGUAAUUCAUGAUUCUUACUGCAAUUCAACAUUAAGUGAUAUAUAAUUACUUUUUGAAUUGAUAUUGUCACUUACAUUUGGACCCUUCAAUAUAAAUCUUUCCAAUUAUUGCUCUUUUUAUCCACUCUUUGUUGUCAAGUUUCUGCAAUUUAGAAGUAUGCUUUCUUUUGUAUUUAAUUCUUUUUAGGCCACAGAUUGUUAUUUCUUCAUGCCAUAAUUUCUCUGUUUUAUUAGUCAUAGUAACAGAAAUAUUUUUCAAUUGUUGUGGCGGCUGGCCUUGACUGCUAUGGCGGUGGCCGGACUGGCCUGCGAUGGCGGUGGUCGGAUAGCACCGCGAGAGCAACGUCCAGAGGCUAGCAGUUCGUUAGUUGUUGAGAUUUGUACCAAUGAUUAUCUAUAUUUAGAGUUGUUGUUGGAUACACCCAUCCAUUUAGUCCUUGUCUAUCUUUUACACAACCAUAUAAACUAUAAAUUUAGCUAGGAUUAUAAAUAAGCUGUUGGAGUUGCUCUUAGGUGGCUCCUCCAAUAUAGGAUUAGUCCAUUUUUCUACAAACUGUGAUGUGAAUUGAGUUUCUGCCGAUCAUGCUAUAUAUGCAUCUGUGAUGUGAAUUGAGAUUCAUUGAGCAACACAAGGAUUCUGUGUUGGAGAUGGGGUCUUAAUAUUUCUAUCAUGUAAUAUCUUUUGGUAGCUUGCAUCAUAUUAAUAAAAUAUCUUUGGUGGUCUCAGGUCUGGUGGUAAUGCUUAUGUGAUUGGUGAUUCUGCAAAGCUUGAGCAGAAGUGGCACGCCUACUAUGCCACUACUGAGCACCCUUGAGGAGCUUGUUGUUACUCUUAACAUGUGCAUGACUGGGCUGGACAAGAAGAGAGCUUCUGUCUUCUUCUACUAGGCCUCUGCUGAUGGUUACACAUCUUCUUCUACUAGGCCUCUGCUUUGGAUUCUUUUUUGUGUUGUGUGUGGUAGCUGGUAGGCAAGGUGUUUUUCGAUGUUUUCAGUUCACAUCAUGUCCAGGUGCGUUUGUUUGAAAGAAACACCAAAAAAGUACAACAAUGUGCCUUUUCUCA